AUGCCGACCGCGAAAACUUCUAGUGUCGGCUCGACAAAAGGCAUGGAUGCCACAUCUUCCGGUCGACCUACUGGCCUACAAUACAACCGACUGGCUGCGGACAAACCAGUAUCGAAAAUGCAUAAAAGAUCUCGCUCGGGCUGCUUUACCUGCCGACUCCGAAGAAAGAAAUGCGACGAAGGCCACCCGUCUUGCAAAGCUUGUACAAACCUAUCGGUCAAGUGCGAAUACAAACGGCCAGUGUGGUGGGGCAGUCCAGAUCAAAGGAGACUGCAAAAAGAGCGCAUCAAGGAUAUCAUUAAGAAAACUAAAUCACUUGAGAGGAGUGCCUCAAACUCAGAAAGCGGCGGCCGUGUACAGACCUGCAUCUCUCCGCCCCCACUCAUUAGCGAGCACGACUUCAACCGCCCCAUCGCCUGCGAUAUUGACUCCUACGGUCCUCAUUUUUCCACGCCGGGUUUCGUGCCCAUUACAUAUAGUCAUCACUUUCCGUACGAAGUUGACGUCAAAACCGAACGUCAGACAUUUGUCAACGAUGUUCCUCUGCGCCAUGAUUCCACAGUGUCGACUUUCAGCGCCAUGGGCCCGCCACAAUUGCACGCGACGCUUCCCACUUUCCCUGCCGAUGAGUGGUUUCAAGAAGAGUAUUUUGAGCCAGCUCAUGAAUAUCCAGAAGAAGAUUCCGUCGCAGGAACUCACGGGGUUGGACAGUCAUAUGCUUCACUUCAUGCCAAUAUCCCUGUCGAUGACUAUGACCGACCGCUUCUAAACCACUUCGUGGAGAAUGUUCUGAGGAUGAUUUUUCCAAUACUUGAGGUUCACCAACGAGGCUCUGCACGUGCUAGAGCUGUCUUGCAGUCCCUCGAAAACAAUAAAUCUUAUUUCCACUGCUGUCUAAGUGUUGCGGCUAUCCACCUCAAGACAACCAGUGGGUUAAACAAUGAGCAAGUUGACCAUGACAUUAUGCGACACCGAUAUGAAGCAAUUUCCCAAUUAUGCCAGUCUCUGGGGAAGGAUUCUGAUCAUGAACACAUUCUCGAUGCUACACUUGCCAUGAUUUUCUUCCACUGCUCCGUUGGUGCGCCCGAUGAUUGUCUUCCCGAUAUCCACUGGAGUGAUCAUUUCCAAGCUGUGUCAAAUCUGGUUGACAAGUUAGAUCUCACAAACCAAAUGGUUCCCUGUGGAACUGCCUAUAUGGUACCUCCAUUCAGUAUGUCAUUGACAUCAUGGAUUGAUAUUCUGGGCGCUACAAUGCUCGGCGAGACACCCCAGUUUGCCCAUACAUACCGAAACAAGCACUUGAGUGGAGCCUCUUCUGGUCUCCGUGAACUCAUGGGAUGUGACGAUCGUGUUAUGUAUCUAAUCUCCGAGAUUGCAUGCUUGGAGUCUCUGAAGAAUGGCAAUCGAAUAGACUCGAUCGCGCUCUGUGCUCACAUCGAAGCCCUUGGAAAUCAACUCGAGUACACUGAACCCGCUGACCCUUCGCUCGAAAGCCCCUAUUUGCCAAAUGGGAGUAUUCGACCUGAGGUUCUAACGAAAAACAUGACCGCUAUGUUUCGUCUCGCAGCCAGGAUUUACCUUUGCAGUUUAGUUCCUGGAGCAGACCGCAACGACUCAAGUACUUGCAACCUUGUCUCUGCAGUAGCAGAAACUUUGGCUUUCAUUCCAGCUGGUGCAUUUGGUUUCGAUCGCUCGCUAGUGUGGCCUCUACUUAUCGCCGGCGCCAACUCAACCCCGGGAAGCACAUUCCGUCAGGCAAUGGAAGACAGAAUUAUCGCAUUAGGGGAGCUCGCGGAUUUCGGUAGUUUUGGUCGGAUGCUCCAGUUAAUGACUGAAUUCUGGCGUCUAACGGAUGACCCCAUCGACUCCCCGGCUCACCACGACGCACCAUCCGAUCCAGUAUACCAAGCUCAUCAACCAAGAAACCACUCUUUGGAAUCCACGCCGCUUCCCUCGCCUGGAAUGCGAACAAUCAAAAGACAGCAAGUGCAUUGGCGAGAUGUCAUGAACCGCAAUGGCUGGCGCUACCUUCUUAUUUGA